CGUUAUAUUAUAAGGUGUUUGUAAUGCAUAUUUUACUAUCUCUAGUCCGUCCAUCUCCACAUUAGUUUGUGUAUCUACCGUAAAAAUGAAGUUGCUAGUGUUUUUUUGUGUCUUAAGUAGCGCCUAUGUUAACUGUCAGUUAGCUUCGUUCAUCGAGCCAUGUCACGCGCAGGACAGGGCCUGCCUCAAGAGGUCGGCGCAAAAGGCCGUGGGUGUGGUGGCGCAGGGGGUCCCAUCGCUAGGCAUACGGCCCCUGGACCCCCUGCACGUCGAACACGUGGACGCGAGCACGUCGGGCCAUAUCCUGCAUCUCAGCAAGACUGUGGUCAAGGGCCUGAAGCACUGCAAAGUGUUGGAUAUCGGGCGCACUAAAAGUAAUGAAACUUUCGUUACCCUCCGCUGCCCAAACCUGGAGCUGGUCGGCGACUACUACAUCGGGGGAAAGCUGCUCUUCGUGGAAGCUAUGGGAAAAGGAAAAUAUAAAAUUACGCUGUCAGAAAUCAUGGAAACAGUGGUAAUGCAAAUGGGCGAGCGGUCGUAUAACGGCGAGCGGUACUGGACGGUGGACAGCUGGGAGCACCACUCCGACGCCACGGAACCCGUCCACUACCAGUUCCAGAAUAUGUUCGAGGGCCGCGAGAAGUUUUCUAAUAGGACCCACCGGAUCGCGAACGAGAACUGGCACCAGGUAUACGUGGAAGCGGCGCCGCCCAUCGUGAAGGCCAUCACCUCCCACGUCGUGGCGGAGAUCGCCAAGCUCUUCCAACACGUGCCCAUCAGACAACUCGCUUUGGAUUAAAAAUACGUCAGGAAACCCGAUCCUCGCUUUUGAACUAUACCCUGAUGUAGUA